AUGCUAACUUCUGACUGGCAAUGGUUGGCUUCAGAGGCUAUUGGGAGCUGGGGCACGCAUCUGGACACGCUGCCCAAAGGCUUCAUGCGUUGGAAUCCCAUAUCGAAGGGACCGAAGUAUUCGCAGUUCGAAGCCUUGUGGGCCUCCAUGACGGUGGAUGAUGUGGUGGGCACCGCAGCAAGGGACAGGUAUAAACUGAACAACUUGCGAGUGUCCAUUGAAGAUGCCAAGGCGGCGCCUCUCACAGAAUCAGUCUUCGACAAUGUUGAGAUCCGCAGCUACAGUACCCUACUCUUCGACGCAUGUUAUGCCUUCAUUUUUGCCAUCAACGCGCUGCUGAACAGCGGAACUGAGCUGCAGAACAUCAAGGAAGAGCUUUUGCUGAACCAGUUGAAGCUGAGCCGGUUCGAGGGCAUUUCAGGACUGGUGAGUUUCAACGAGAACGGUGACCGCUUGGCAGCCUAUGAGCUGAUGAACUACCAGCCCACAGGAUGGAAUGUGAUCGGGACCUUCAGCGCAGCCACUGGCCAGCUGAAUUUUGACACGGCGCCCUACUGGCAGUUUGGUGUGUCGUCCUUGAUGCCUCCCUCGGAGAAGACCAGCUGUGCUUCCGGGUACUACAAGGAGGUGCAGUCCCACCGGUGCUUCCCAUGUCCUCGGGGAUUUUACUGCAAUGGUGCUGCGCCCCAGCAAUGCUUCCGAGGACAUUUCUCCAACAGCAACGGCGCCAGCUUCUGCCGCCGCUGCGCCAAUGGCACCUUCGCAGCUGACCUGGGCUCGACGAAGUGCAUCAGCUGUCCCCCGGGGUUCUUCGGCGCAACGGAAGGGCUCGAGGCAUGCAAGAAGUGUCCGAAAGGACAGUAUAUGCCGUCCUAUAAAGCCCUGAGCUGCAUCAGCUGUGGCAUGGACAUGGAGACCGAGGAGAGUGGCGCACAAGCCCUGGCGGAGUGUCGUUGUGCCGAGGGCUCCUUCCUUUGCAACGGCAGCUGCCUCCCGUGCCCCAAAGGCCUCCGGUGCCCGGCGGGGCUGGAGCUGCCCCAGCAGCAGCCUGGCUACUGGACGCCCAGCAGGGCGGAGUUGGCCGACUGCAGCUUCCAGGUGCUGCAGUGUCGCAACAGCCUGGAAUGCCCUGGCCACUCCGUGCUGGGCGCCUGCGCUGAACAUCGGCAGGGCGUAGCAUGUAACAACUGCAAGGAAAACUACUUCCCCAGGAUGAUGGCACAUGCGCCCGUUGUGGCCCCGUGGAUUAUUUGCCAGCCCUUCUGUGCGUCCUGGGCUGCUUGA